GCAAGGAUGAAACCAGAGCAAAAAGAACAGAAGGAAAUAGCGAAAUGAUGAAACAAGCUGUUCUAACAUCUAACUAGCCACAAAAGGGUGUGUCUUUUCAUGCGGUUUGAGCUAACUUAGAGAGGAAGGGAGUGAAUUUCAAUUUUGAGAUGCUGCCUGACGUACCCGCUGUUUCCAGCGCUUUCUGCUUCUACUUUGAAUUCCUGACCUGCUGAGCUCCUCCAGCAUUUUGUGUGUGCAGCAGCAGAACAAUCCCCCCGCCCCACCCAACCACACCCAUGGACUGUCCUGCAAACACAGGAUAGAGGGUGGUCAGUACAUGGAGGGAUGUGGUUGAUGCAGGCGCAACAUUUUCAAAGACAUUUGGACAGGAUCGUUGCAAUGACAGUUAGAGUGAAGAGUGUCAGACAGAUGAAAGCAGCUUAAGCAACAGUGUUGCUUGUCCCCUGGAAAUUGCAGGAGGUUUGAAUUACCACGGACCUUUUUGAAAGAAAAUCACAAGUUGGAAGAUAAACCAUCGUAUUGCUGCUGCUAAGGGUCUCCUGGGGCUGCUUGGUUCCUUUCAUCAUGGCGGCACAUGGGAACAAACUGGACAAUGACACUCUGGAAAUGCUCUCAAACCCAGCCAUAAAGAACACCCUUCCUAUCUUUUACCUCAUCGUGGCUGCAAUCAGUUUGCCGGGAAAUGGGUUCUCUUUAUUUCUGCUCUGUCGAACUCAGCCAAAGACGUCGUCCAUCGUAUUCAUGAUCAACCUCACCAUCACCGAUCUGAUACUUGGCGCCUUCUUGCCCUUCCAGAGCAUGUAUCAUUGGAAAGGGAACAACUGGACCUUUGGAUCGAGCCUGUGUAGUAUGGUCACUGUGUUGUUCUAUGCCAACAUGUAUUGCUCCAUCUUAACCAUGACUUGCAUUAGUUUGGAGCGUUACUCAGGUGUGGUGCUGCCAAUGCACUGUAAGAGGUGGCGGAUAACCAAGCACGCCAUUCUGAUUUGCUUAGUGAUGUGGGCGCUUGUUCUUAUCACUUUGCUGCCCCUGGAGAUGAAUGAUUUGACUUAUGAGGUUCAGGAGCUGAAUAUUACCACAUGUUUUGACGUUCUGAAGAGAGACAUGCUUCCGUCCAAAGCGGCCUGGGCUGCUUUCCUCUUCACCCUAUUUGGAAUUUUGUUCCUGAUUCCAUUUUGCAUCACCGUGUACUGCUACAUCCGAAUCAUCGCCAAGCUGAUCAAAACCUCUACAUCUUACGGGCAUAAACAAAAGCGGAGAGCAAUUUGUUUAGCAUUAAUUGUGCUCUUAGUGUUCAUAACGUGUUUCACCCCCAACAACUUCAUCCUUCUGGCCCACAUAAUCGAACGCAUCUUUUACGAGAAAGGCAUUUAUAGUGCCUACAAAAUUACGCUCACCCUGAGCUGCCUAAAUAGCUGCCUAGACCCCUUUAUUUACUACUUUGCAUCCAUGGAGUUUCGUAAGAAGCUCAGAGCAUUUUUGCAUUUGAGAAUCAUUUCAAGUCAAGGAAGUUUCACUGAAAACAGAAGGGAGAGCAUUCUCUCAAUGAGGUCAACACAAUACCACGCCAAUUUAGAGAUGCAGGUUUCUCUGAGAUCAACAAAUGGAUCAGUGUAGGUUAGAGGUGGCAGAAGGAAGGUUGAUACUCUGCCAACUCCAAGUAAAAUUAAUCUGAGGGCAAUAUUAUUUACCCAGAUAAACAACUUUAUAAUUAUCAGCAACAAAACCAAUGAUGCCAAUGAGGAUUUGUCCAGCUGUUUUGGUAGUAAGUUGAUAAAUCCAAAAAUAUGUGCCUAAGGUUAAUUCCAAGAUUUAGAAUAACUUGAGCAAGAUCAUGGGGCUGGUUUCAUCAGUUUACAGUCAAGGGCCCCACUUGGCAGCGACUGUCACAAGAAAGAAAGUUUGAGGGAAAAUAUGUAGUGAUUCCAGUGAGAACUUGGUCAGUGAUUGAAGGCCAUUGUUAAUGGAAUCUGAGAAAGUACAUCUCGAUGAAUGUAACUGUGGGACCAUAGACUUAAGGCACUUGACUAAAAGGAUGGGAGAGAAGAUGCUGGGAACACUCUGUUCUUAAAUUAGCGCCAAGGAUUUUGGAAAUGGCUCAUUGUCAAAAUAAACUUAUCAAAAUACAUCAUCAUGUACAACCUUAAGAUUCAUUUUCUUGCAGGCAUUUAUAGAAGAAUAAAGAAAUACAGUAGAGUUUAUGAAAAGCUAUACACAAAGACUGAUCUGAAAAGUUAACUUCACCUUCCGAUUUUAGCCUUACCUGCUGUGCAGUUUUUUAAAAAAUCAGGUUUCAAACUUUUAUGGUAUUAUACUAUUUGGCAUGUUAGUGUCGUUCUCAGGAUUUCUCAGAUGCAAGCCUUCAGAAGCAGUGUGAGCAUGUUGACAGAAUUACUUUGCACGACAGCAAGUUCCAGCAAGUUGAAAUAUCUUUCCCCUGUUAAGCACAAAUUGCAGAAUUCAAGCAUUCAGAACAAUCAAACAAAAAUAAAGCAAGGUACUGCAAAUUAAACUAAUGCUUCAGCACAUGAGUUAAGCAAGUAUGGUCGUGCAUUUCAGCUGCUGCUUUUAUAAAAAUGUGAAUGUUUGUUAUUGUUGCGUCCUGAUGUGAAAAUUGCAUCAAGUAAACUAUAAUGACGUGAGAAGAUCCAGUUGUGAACUUGGGCAUCUUCCUAGUGAAGUGCUAGUCAAAAGGGUGUUCAAAGUCAUGAAGAGUCAGUAGAAAUCAUGGGGAUUUGCUCCCAUUGACACAAAAGUUAAGAAACAGUUGGUGUAGAUUUAAAUACAUUGGCAGGAGAUCUGGGGAGAUGAAAGGUAAAGCUUAUGAACAGAAUGAGUGGUAAUGAUGUGGUACACGUUCCUUGAAAGGAUGGUAAAAUACAGAAACAGUUUUAUUAUCAGUGACAUGUCGUGAAACAAGUUUUGUAGCAGCGGCAUAAUGCAAUACAAAAAAAUCUUUAAGUUACAAUAAAAAUAUUAAAAAAUAAAUAUUGUUACCCAAUGUAUAACAAAGUAAAUUUUAUUGUCAAGGUCCGUGUGUAUCACCAUCUACAACCCUAAGAUUCAUUUCAAGUUUAACACUGGAGAUUGUCAGCAAAGCUAUGUGGACCACGGGCAAUAAUUUUAAAUAUACUUUUAAUAUUAAAAAAUAUCUUACAACCCAGAUUUGUUUUAAGCAUUACUAGCACGCA